GUAACCAGUCCUCUGCACUCUUCACUCUCCUCCUUCACUGUUUCCUGCUUCCUUCUCUUUAUCAACACACAGAAGAUCUUCUCACCAUGGGGAACUUUGCUGCCAACGAGGGACUCUCCAUCUUUGUCAUUCUGGUGUGGCUCGGGAUCAACGCCUUCCUGUUUGUAAACUCCUACAUGGCCUUCCUGGUGGACCGGUGGUUCUACACCAGGGUCCUGCUCGGGCACGCCCUGUCCUGGGCCCGAGCGCCGGCCGCCUGUCUCAACUUCAACUGUCUGCUCAUCCUGCUGCCGGUGUGCCGAAACCUGCUGUCCUUCCUCCGGGGGACCAUCCAGUGCUGCAGCCGCACGGCCGCCCGUCAGCUGGAUCGAAACCUCACCUUCCACAAACUGGUGGCGUACAUGAUCGCCUUCCACACAGCCGUGCACAUCGGCGCCCAUUUGUUUAAUUUUGAGUUCUUCAUGGACGCCCAGCUGGACCGAAACAGCAGCCUCCUGCCCUUCGUCCUGUCUGAGAUCGGCACCGGGGACAACGCGUCCUUCCUGAACCCCAUCAGGACCAACGAGACGAGUCCUACCAUCGUCAUGUUCACCACCAUCGCCGGUCUGACGGGCGUGGUCAUCACGCUGGCCCUCAUCCUCAUCAUCACUUCAUCCAUGGAGGUGAUCCGCAGGUCCUACUUCGAGGUCUUCUGGUACACACACCACCUCUUCGUCAUCUUCUUCAUCGGCCUGGUGUUCCACGGCUUUGGGCGGAUCGUGCGAGGACAGACAGCCGCUAGCUUGAAGACAAACGACCCGCUGGUUUGUGCCGACCAGUUUGAAGACUGGGGAAACAACGGCUCCGACUGCGCUGUGCCGGAGUUUGCUGGAAACCCUCCAAUGACGUGGAAGUGGGUGGUGGGCCCCAUGAUCCUCUACGUGUGUGAGAGGCUCGUCCGACUCUAUCGCUCCCACCAGAAAGUCGUCAUCACCAAGGUGGUGAUGCACCCGUCUAAGACUCUGGAGUUGCAGAUGAAGAGGAAAGGUUUCCACAUGGAGGUGGGUCAGUACGUCUUCAUCCAGUGUCCGUCCGUCUCCAGGCUGGAGUGGCACCCCUUCACCCUGACGUCCGCCCCCGAGGAGGACUACUUCAGCGCCCACAUCCGCAUCGUGGGAGACUGGACCCAGGCGCUGUACGAGGCCUGCGGGGGAGACAAAACAGAGCCUCAGGAGGCCUGGAAAUUGCCUAAGCUGGCCAUAGACGGGCCGUUCGGGACAGCCAGUGAAGACGUGUUUCGGUACGAGGUGGUGAUGCUGGUCGGCGCGGGGAUCGGCGUCACUCCGUUCGCCUCCAUCCUCAAGUCUGUGUGGUACAAACGCAUCCAGAACAACCAGGACGUCUUCACCAAGAAGAUCUACUUCUACUGGCUGUGCCCGGAGACGCAGGCCUUCGAGUGGUUCGCGGACCUGCUGCAGUCUCUGGAGGGUCAGAUGGCCGAGAAGGGCGUGACCGACUUCCUCAGCUACAACAUCUACCUGACCCGCUGGAAGGAGACCGAGGCGGCUCACUUCCGUGUGCACCACGAGGCGGAGAACGAUCCAAUCACAGGGCUCAAACAGAAAACUCUUUACGGGAAACCCAACUGGGACAACGAGUUCACCCAUAUCGCGUCAAAGCACCCAGGGACUAAAGUGGGAGUGUUCCUGUGCGGUCCGCCUCAGCUCGGGAAAUCCCUGGAGACACAGAGUCUGUCUCACACAGAGGGAGACGUCAAGUUCAUCUUCAACAAAGAGAACUUCUAACAACAACCAGGAGAAGAGGGGGGGGGG